AUGGCUCUCCGGCUUGAUUACGAAGGCAGCAAUGACGUUGGAGUCUUUUGCACCUUGACCAACAAAUACUGUCUUGUUGGAAUUGGUGGAACCCAGAACUUCUACAGCGCUGUUGAAGCAGAACUUGCCGAUGUCAUUCCUGUUGUGCAUACAUCUAUUUCCUCUACUCGAAUCGUUGGGCGAGUGACCGUAGGAAAUCGACAUGGAUUGCUUGUACCUAAUGGCACUACAGAUCAAGAACUGCAACACUUGCGGAAUUCCCUACCUGAUGAGGUCAAAAUAAGGCGGGUGGAUGAACGUCUAUCCGCGUUAGGAAACGUUAUAGCAUGUAAUGAUCAUGUUGCUAUAGUACAUGCCGAAAUAAGCCAAGAAACGGAAGAAGCGCUCGUCGACACUCUGAAGACGGAAGUGUUCCGUGUGAGCCUUGGUCAAAAUGCUCUUGUAGGAUCAUAUUGCGCCUUGUCAUCACAAGGAUGCUUAGUAGCAGCUCGUACACCUCCUGAAACUCAACGAGAGUUAGCCGCUCUGUUGCAAGUCCCAGUAGUCGCUGGCACCGUCAAUCGAGGCUCAGAACUUAUUGGAGCCGGUCUUUGUGUGAACGACUGGAUCGCUUUCUGCGGUCUGGACACUACUUCGACGGAACUUUCAGUAGUAGAAUCUAUAUUCAAGCUAGGCGAUCAUGGCCAACCGACCGCUAUCAGUACACAACUCAGAGAUACUCUCAUCGAAAGCUUGCUUUGA